CCUGGUUUGGCCUUUUAGGGUUUAUGGUGUACUCGGUGUUUUCAUUUCCUCUUUGCUUCAUAAAUUAAAAUCCAAAUCUUUUUUGGCGUUUGAAAUCCUUGCUUUUCACUGAAGAUCGAGGGAAGUUUGGAAAUUAGGGUUUGUUAAUAGAAAAGAAACCGUCUUUUGCAAACCAUGGGGACCCCAGAAACAUCUAGAGAGCCAUGCCCUGAUCGAAUUCUCGAUGAUAUUGGUGGCGCUUUUGGUAUGGGUGCGGUUGGGGGUGCAGCCUUCCACUUCAUAAAAGGCACAUAUAACUCCCCAAGCGGUGCUCGGUUGAUCGGAGGAACUCAAGCGGUGCGCAUGAAUGCCCCUCGUGUAGGUGGUAGCUUUGCUGUUUGGGGUGGCCUUUUCUCCACCUUUGAUUGCACCAUGGUUUACCUUCGACAAAAAGAAGAUCCAUGGAACUCGAUUAUAGCCGGUGCUGCCACUGGAGGGUUCCUUUCGAUGCGUCAAGGACUUGGUGCUGCUUCGAGAUCAGCAGUGUUUGGUGGGGUUUUGCUUGCUUUGAUUGAAGGAGCUGGGAUCAUGUUGAAUAAGUUCCUCAGUCAGCCACAGAUGCCUAUUAUGUUCGAAGAGCCAGCACCCAAUGUAGCCGGCAUGCCUGGAUAUCCAAUGGGACAAUUGACAAAUCAAACCUCUGCCCCUGCAUCAGUUGACAGCUCGAGACAGGGUUCAUCUUCGUCUUCAUCCCGGUCAUCAAAUUCUUCGUCUUCAUGGUUUGGAGGUCUUUUUGGUGGUGGAAAGCAGCAGGAAUCAGCAACAGGUAGUGGAAGUAAAACUGAGGUUUUGGAGAGCUUUGAUGCUCCUCCGGUGCCAUCGUUUGAGUACAAAUGAAAUGGUGGCUAGCCAUUUUGGUCGCUCUUAGCUUCUGAGCCUAACCCUAAGUACUUGUAAGCAUGCCCUGUUUUACAUGGCUUAGAAGUGUUUGAACUUAAUUUCAGUAUAUUGAACCAGUAGUUGAAGUAAAUAUUCCU